AUGACUUCCCACAAGUCUUCAGAUCACGGUAUGCAGCCCAUCAUCAAAGAACUAGAAAGCCUCCAGCUCUCGGACGUUGCAAAGGAAUACUUCUUGGGAUUACUCAAGCACAUGGACAAUCGCGACAAGGAGUGGGCCAAAGUCGUCAAGAUGUGGGAGACUUAUGAGAGCGGCUCAUCAGGUCCAAACAAAGCCAUGGUUGAGAUUAUGCAAAAUGUUCAAGAUAUCUUCAUGAAAGAUGACGACUUCCUCAAGCACUUGUACAAAGAUCGUAUGCAGGAAGCAAAGGCCACGAUGAGGGAUGAUUCUGCAUGA